AGUAACCACCAAACACACAGAGAACCCUUUCUCCUAAUGUGAGUAAGCACAUGUAGCCAUACUUGGAUAUCUGGAGUCAUAAAGAAAUUCAGAUGCAGUUUAUAGUAAUUAUAAAUUAAUCAGAUGAAUAGAACAGUAAAUAAUAAACAAAUCUCCAAAAUGAAAUACAUUUUAGAAUUCAUUUAUAAACCAAAUUAUAUGCUUGUUUUUCCUUAGUAGUUUCAGACCAGGUAGAACAAUUUUUUGUAAGUAGCCAAUAAUUGUACAUUGACUAUUCUUUUUAAAGAAAGUUACUAUUUCAGAAAGUCCUUAUGUCUUAGUUGCAUCUAUUUUUAAAACCUUACUAAUUUGUUGAUAAUUACCUGAAGAAAUGUCCCUCCUAAACACCAGAUAAACUCAUAAACAGUGUCUUAUGUUAAGAAAAAUGCUCUCGGUGGCACACAGAGUACCUAUGUUAAAAGCAUAGGAACUAGCAAACACUCGGGAUCAAACAGGUGAAAUCUCCCUUGGCAGGGAUAGGGUAGGUGGUGGAUGCAGAGGUAAGGGAGACACUCAGGUGAUUACAGAUGCAGUUUCUCCCCUAAACUGGAACUUAGGGUAGGAUGACCCAGCACUUCAGCACCCAGCAGCCCCUUCACAACCAUGAAAAACAACGUGAUACAAUUUGGAUGCUCAAUCUACGAAACUGUAGGAGAGUAACUAAAAUUUAUACUCACACGUUUGCAAUCAAUGCACGGCCUUUCUCUUUCUGAUAAACACUCACUCCUUACCAUAUCUUCAUUUCACUUCCUCUCCAACAACUGUAGCUUACAAUUUUAGUAAAGUUUGAAACUGGAAAAGCCUGGAAUCGGUAUUGUCCUGUCAUUCUUCUUCUAGGGCCCCAAUGUCAGGACUUCACCUUAAGAAACCCUUACAUGCACACACGCACAUGCACACACAUGGCUGCUCUUUUAUGAAUCCACCUAGGCAUCUGAGCAGCAAAGAAGUAAAAAGUAAAAACAAAGAUGAAUUUGUGCAGGAUAUUGUCUUAAGGCAGUUUAAUAUUUACAAAAUCACACACACACACACACACACACACACACACACACACUUUAGGAUCCAGUUACAAGCCCUGCGUCAUCCACCAGAUCACAUGGUAAUUGUUGGUAUUUCAAGGAUCAAGUGGCAUAGAGCUCCCCCUCGUACCCAUCCCACUCCCUUCUUUUGGUACCACAUAGCAUGGAAGAGUGAGUUUUGCGCGAUGGAGUGAGACCAGACGGAUCCACCCCUUGGCUGGAGACUGGGCGCUCGGUGGGGUGGCGCGCGCGUGUUCUCAGGCAGAGACUGGGAGAGGGGCAGGGAGGGGGGUCUCAGGGGAGGAAGGGCAGCUCUAAUUGGUUUCUCAAUGAAAGAUAAUCACCUACUCCCGGGAGAGGCUAGGGAUUAGCACUCUGUCUGUCCUCGCCCUCGCUUUUAGACUCCUCAUCCUCCCCUCGGCGCUUUUAGUCCAUUCAGCAGAAGUGGAUCGAAGGAGAGGCUCCUCGCACCGCGUUAGGGGCCGCGCUGUGCCGCGCUCCGGGACCUCGCACCCCAUCGCUCCGCGCGCCGCGCUCCUCCUCACCCUGCUGCGGUCCCCGCUGCCGCCACCGACGCCCGAGAAAAAGUUUCGCAGAGGGGCUCAGGGGAAAAAUGAGCGAGCUGGAGGAAGACUUCGCUAAGAUUCUCGUGCUCAAGGAGGAGAGGAUCAAAGAGCUGGAGAAGCGGCUGUCAGAGAAGGAGGAGGAAAUCCAGGAGCUCAAGAGGAAGCUCCACAAAUGCCAGUCGGUGCUGCCCGUGCCCUCCACCCACAUCGGCCCGCGGACCACCCGAGCGCAGGGCAUCUCCGCCGAGCCGCAGACGUACAGGUCCUUCCACGACCUCCGACAGGCAUUCCGGAAGUUCACCAAAUCUGAAAGGUCCAAGGAUCUUAUAAAGGAAGCUAUCCUUGACAAUGACUUUAUGAAGAACUUGGAGCUGUCACAGAUCCAGGAGAUUGUGGAUUGUAUGUACCCAGUGGAAUAUGGCAAAGACAGCUGCAUCAUCAAGGAAGGAGAUGUGGGGUCACUGGUGUAUGUCAUGGAAGAUGGGAAGGUUGAAGUCACUAAAGAAGGCGUGAAGCUGUGCACCAUGGGUCCUGGGAAAGUAUUUGGAGAGCUGGCCAUCCUGUACAACUGUACCCGGACAGCGACCGUCAAGACUUUGGUAAAUGUGAAACUCUGGGCCAUUGAUCGACAAUGUUUCCAAACAAUAAUGAUGAGGACAGGACUCAUCAAGCAUACAGAGUACAUGGAAUUUUUAAAAAGUGUUCCAACAUUCCAGAGCCUUCCUGAAGAGAUCCUUAGCAAGCUCGCAGAUGUUCUUGAAGAGACCCACUAUGAAAAUGGGGAAUACAUUAUUAGGCAAGGUGCAAGAGGAGACACCUUCUUUAUCAUCAGCAAAGGAACGGUAAAUGUCACUCGUGAAGAGUCUCCAAGUGAAGACCCAAUCUUUCUCAGAACUUUAGGAAAAGGAGACUGGUUUGGAGAGAAAGCCUUGCAGGGGGAAGAUGUGAGAACAGCAAAUGUAAUUGCUGCAGAAGCUGUGACCUGCCUUGUGAUUGACAGAGAUUCUUUCAAGCAUUUGAUUGGAGGCCUGGAUGAUGUUUCUAAUAAAGCAUAUGAGGAUGCAGAAGCUAAAGCAAAAUAUGAAGCUGAAGCUGCUUUCUUCGCCAACCUGAAGUUGUCUGAUUUCAACAUCAUUGACACUCUUGGAGUUGGAGGUUUUGGACGAGUAGAACUGGUCCAGUUGAAAAGUGAAGAAUCUAAAACAUUUGCAAUGAAAAUUCUCAAGAAACGUCAUAUCGUGGAUACAAGACAGCAGGAGCACAUUCGGUCGGAGAAGCAGAUCAUGCAGGGAGCUCAUUCCGACUUCAUAGUGAGGCUAUACAGAACAUUUAAGGACAGCAAAUAUUUGUAUAUGUUGAUGGAAGCUUGUCUAGGUGGAGAACUCUGGACCAUUCUCAGGGAUAGAGGAUCAUUUGAAGAUUCAACAACAAGAUUUUACACAGCAUGUGUGGUAGAAGCGUUUGCCUAUCUCCAUUCCAAAGGAAUCAUUUAUAGGGACCUCAAGCCAGAAAAUCUCAUCUUAGAUCAUCGAGGUUACGCCAAGCUGGUUGAUUUUGGCUUUGCAAAGAAAAUAGGAUUUGGAAAGAAAACAUGGACUUUUUGUGGGACUCCAGAGUAUGUUGCUCCAGAGAUCAUCCUAAACAAAGGCCACGACAUUUCAGCUGACUACUGGUCACUGGGAAUUCUAAUGUAUGAGCUUCUGACUGGCAGCCCACCUUUCUCAGGCCCAGAUCCUAUGAAAACCUAUAACAUCAUACUGAGGGGGAUUGACAUGAUCGAAUUUCCAAAGAAGAUUGCUAAAAAUGCUGCUAAUUUAAUUAAGAAACUAUGCAGGGACAAUCCAUCAGAAAGGUUAGGAAAUUUGAAAAAUGGAGUAAAAGACAUUCAAAAGCACAAAUGGUUUGAAGGCUUUAACUGGGAAGGCUUAAGAAAAGGCACCUUGACACCUCCCAUAAUACCAAGUGUUGCAUCUCCCACAGACACAAGCAAUUUUGACAGUUUCCCUGAAGACAAUGAUGAACCACCACCUGACGACAACUCAGGCUGGGACAUAGACUUCUAAUGUAUUUCUCUUACCUGCUUCUGCCUUGCUGAAGACAGCUUUUUCUGAGACACAGCUGCCAGCAAACUUGAGGGAAAGAGAGAAGAUUAGUGCUCGGGGUCACCAUGAUGCCUUUGAUCGAUGCUGCUCCAGUAACUACAGUGGCAUUAGGACUUAUGCUUAGAUGACAGUAGUGCUCUUUACAUGUUUUCUGUUUGAAUCUAAAAUAACAGUUGACAUGGUGGUCCUGAAGCAAAGCCUUUCACCAGUAAGGAGGUGUUUUCUGUUAUUGCAAUGAUCUUGCUUUGCUCUGAUUAUAAUUUGAAAGACUGUAGGAAACACGUCAACCUAGUAAAAGAGUCUGUACUUUGCUAGAAUUUUCUAGAUGAUGAAAGAAUAAUAUAUUGGAUAUGAUAGAUUACUAUGGUAUGGAACCUGGGCUAAUCCCUUCCUUCAAGUGAAGGUUGUGUGAUCUCUUACUGCAAGUCGGUGUAUAUACCGUACAAAAGAAGACCACACAUUUGUGGGCCACAGAGUUCAUGUCAAAUCAGUGCUAGAAGUUUCAUGAUUUAUUUUCCAGCAGUGCUGAUGACAAGACUGAAUGUUACCUUUUCUUUCAGACAGAUUUUAAAAAUUGAUAUGAUAAAAGCACAACUGCUAUGGAUUCUGCUGAGAACUUUCAUAGCAGGUAUAUAUGCGUUUUCACAGAAGAUUGAAAAAAUGCAUGAUAUUUAUUUGUUUCUUUUGAUAAAUUGACAAGACAGAGUGGAGAAAACAGCAAUUCACAAAACCAUUUCAUAUUUUAAAAAGAUAUUGUACUUAAAGAUGGUCCUGGAAAUAAAUGACUAGCAGCUAAUUGGUUUUAUUUAUUACCUAAUAUGCCCUCAAACUGAGGCUUAAAAUAUUCCCUUUUAUAAAAAUAAACCCUUGGGCUGAGGAUAGGAUAGGGUGGGAGGGAAAAAGACCCAUCCAAAAAGUAAAAUAAAAAACUAUAUAGGUGCUAUGUAUAUCUUUCAUCUGUAAUGUCAAUGUCUGAAUGGACAACACAAAUUCUAAUCAUUAUAUGUCUAGCCAGACUCAAGCAUUUUCACUAAAUUUAUUAAACCAAACUCAUGCCUGAACCAGAGAGAGAGAGAGAGAGAUAGAGAGAGAGAGAGAGAGAGAGAGAGAGAGAGAGAGAGAGAGAGAGGACAAAAAUGAAGUAAGAAAGCACAAAGUCAAAAUUAGUAAGAUGUACUAGACCAGAAACCUUACCUACCUUACUUAUCUGAGGUCAGAGAACAAGAAAGGAAGCUGGCCACUUGUUAAUUACUUUUUUUCUUGAGUGAGCUCAGAUAUUCAUCAAAGUAGGAAGGAAAGGACUAGAGACAAAAACAAGAAUCUGAUUUCUUAAAAAUAAAGUUUAGCUAAAUAGAAGAGAAACAUUAUGAUCCUGAAAUUUCAUACUAUCUAGGAAAGACUGGAUUUGAAGACAUCAAACUGAUUUUCUUUUUUGUCACAGGGAAAAGAAUCUGCAAAUGAAAUCAGAUCUAUUGGCAGGCCAGGUGACCAUAAUUAGCUGUCAUAAGUUACAGAGCAUUUGGAGAAGCUUUUCCUGGACAGAUAGCAUUAUACCCAUGCAGAUAAACAUGUGAGCUUCCAGCUGCCCUUCUGAUUUGGAAUUGUACCUGAAUUUGGUACAAUAAAUACAGGUUUGCUUUCAUCCAAUAGGGUCCAAUCAAUCUAAUGUACAUGCUACUACAAAACUAUGUCCAACUAGAUCAUAAUAUUAUAGCCAAGAAGGCACAUAUUAUGAAUUUUAACUUUUCAUACUCAAAAUGACUUUAGAAUAUGAUUACAGAAUAAAAUAUUCUAAAAUAAUUUGGAGGAUAAAACUACUAAGGGUAUAUGAUAUAUAAUUAGAAUAAAGUUCAAUUAAAACUUUGAUCCUGAGAUAUUAUUAUUAUUGUGUCUUCGGAGAUUUCCCUCUUAUAAACAAUUUCUCAAAAAUCAGUCUAUUUGCCAAGAUAUCUGUUUUCUGCUACAGCGUUUUAGAAUAUAAAAUCAAACAUAUCAAAACCUAACUCUGAAUAUUAUUUCAGAAGUUGUAUAUUUCUUUUAAUUGGGCUUUAAAAUUAUAUGAUUCCACAUUAUCUUAUGUGUUCAAUAAUUUUCAUUGAAAGAUAGUGCAGUUUAGGCAUGCUAAAGGCCUGCUACAAUAAUGAGAAAAUGUAUGUGCUCUUACAAUUACUUAAAUAUCCAGAAAGCCCCUGAAAUAAGCACUUACUAUGGAUUUUGGCACUACGGUUCAAGUCUAAGGCAAUGGAUAAGUUGUAUCAGUUCUAUGGAGAAGGAAGAAGUAGCAUUCAGCACAACAUAACUAUAGAUUUUUUUCCACUAGUAACUUUCUUCAUUUCACCUGCACCAUUGCAUUAGGAUGUCUAAAGCAAUCACCAAAAAAUAAAGGUGAACUAUAUCUUCUGAAAAUUACUUACUGAUACCAUUUAUAUGGUUUUCAACAAUUUUAAGGCAUUAAAUCUUGUCUUAAAGAAGACACUAGGGCUAUAAUUCAUGAUCAACUUCAUAAAAUACAUCACACUUUAAUUUUGAUUUUUUCAUGGCCCCUCUUUUAUUUCUUAAAGAACACCUGGAUCAAUGAGAACAGUGCCAACUUGUUUGAUUUGUUAACUGACUUUCUUGUUAAUACUUUGAGUUUGGGAAAUAAGGGCUUUCUGUGUGUCUUAACUCACAGGAAAACUGAAAACUACAAAGGAAAGGAACAUUGUCAUAUUUAAGAUAAAUUGAACUUAUUAGAGAAAAUGAUUCCUGGAAAAUUGUUACAAUUGAUUUUUAUGUCUGUUAACUUUUUUGUUAUUAAGAUAUGAAUCAGAUCCAUGUAUCAUUUAAAACAAAUUUAUUUUGAUUAUAUUCUUUAUGAGUCGUAUUUUUGCUUAAAAUCAUGGAACAUACAUGUGAAUUACACAUGUAUAAUAAUAAUAAACUCAACUAUUACAUUUUUCUUGUUUCAUUUCUGAAUGACUGACCUGAUGAUGAAUUUAAAUUUAAAGAAGUCAGAUACUAUAUUAAACACAAGGAUAUUAGAACUGAUAUGCUACAAGAGAGGUGAUCUGUGCAUUAUCCAUAACAAUGUUUUAUUUCACAAUAGGACCACAGACAAAUAUUUAUGUAAAUAGAUAUUUUUGCGUGAAAUUUUGUGGUACAUAUAACUUUUUUUAGUGUUUCACAGCAUUAUUAUUUCAUUUUAUUUGUAUUGAGUAAUGUUUUUAGGUCCAAGUAGACUUGAAUUAAUGUCAUAAUUGUCAGUAUUAUUGAAAAUUAUGUCAACAGUACUGUUAUUCAUCUGUCCUAUAGUUUAGAACAUGACCUGGCUAUCUGGCAUUGUUGCAAGUGCCUUAAAUUCAUGGCAUCUUAUUAAAAAAACAAAUUUGGUGUUAUGCUGCAUGACAAAGACAAACACACCUCAAAAUGUUGUCCUUUCUUAGCUUGCUGCGUUUUACAGUUCUUUCUGCUAACAAUUUAUAAGCCUUUAUUAUAUAAUAUUGAUCAAUUACAGAAAUGAUGAAGUUGUUCUCUUAUUUCUGUUAAAUGUACCAGAGCUGUGUAUCUGUUAAUGAGAUACAGCGUCAUUUCUGUGAAAUGUAUAAAUGUAUGUGCGGGUCAAAUUAAUAUAUGACGUACUAUCAGUCUGUAUACAGGUAUUCCUGUUUUGCUAAGCUGUGCAGAUUCAGUUUUAAAAAAUUAGUGCAGUCAAAUUCUAACAUGUCUCAUUUUAUAGACUCCAUUAACAAUGGUCCAACCCAAAAGAAAAAUUGGAAGUGACUGCUAAUCACACCUCAUUGCAAAACCAAUGAUGAAAACGUACCUUGGUGCACCACUAAACAAAACAGGAUGCUUUCUCUGAGUUCUUGUACAUGCAAAUCAUUUAUAAGGCAAGUUUUCCAUAGAACUAGAAAGCAAAACAUUGAAAGUGUGUUGUUAGCCCUCCUCUUUAUCUGCCCCGGCACCAACAGACAGCUCUGGGACCUUGGCAAUGACUCAGAGGUUUGGGCUUUCCGAGUAAAGAGACAUUUCUUUAAGCAUCAUCUAUCCAAUUUAUUUCAAUGUAUUAUGUUUUACAACUGGUCAGUUCUUUUGUAUUCUUAUAGCUAUGGUUAUUUGAUUGUCCUCUUACAAUUUGUUCUACAUGAAAGAGUCCUUUGUUAGUCAGAAUGCAACAAACUGUCAUCAAAUGGUCAUUGACCACUUGCACUCUUUUGAUGUAGAUUAAAAACUUUUUCAUAAACUUAACCUGCUUUGAUUUGCUCUGUAUUUUUCCUAAAGCUGUAAUUGCUGAGUGCCUGUUGUAUACUUUAUAGAGUUGAAAUAAAAUAUUACUUUUGAACUUA